AUGUCAGGCAUCGAUCGACAGCCCCGGCGAUGGACAUCAGCGGAGGACCAGACGCUACGCGAGCAGGUCGAUGCUCAGCAAGCACAGGGUGGAGGUAGAGAUUGGUGUCAGAUCGCCUUGGCUCUUCCAGGGCGAACGAACAAGGACUGUAGGAAGAGAUGGCACAACUCCGUAGCCGAAGGCUUGAGAAAAGGUCAAUGGUCAAAAUCAGAGGAUCAGCUCCUGACUUAUGGUGUGCACCACCACGGGUGGCAAUGGACCAAGGUCGCCACCUGCGUGUCUUCACGCAGCGCAGAUCAGUGCGCCAAACGAUGGCAGCAAUCCCUCGAUCCUCGUCUUGAUCGUAGUGAGUGGCGUGAGAAUGAGGACAUGGCAUUGCUCGCAGCGGUCGAGCGUCUUGGGCGACACUGGAAAGAUAUACAAGAACAGUACCUUCCUCAUCGGUCGAAAAAUUGCGUCAAGAACCGC